GUUUGGUUCAUAAGGUUGUGUCUUUGCACUCUUCAAAUGUGUCUCAGGACAGUUUAUCUUCCAAUACUUCACCCCGGGACAGUUUUCUGUGCCUCCCUGCAUUGAUCCUGGACUCCUUGCAGCGGUGGAUGGUUCAGAGGAAUGUACGGCAACAGAAAAGAGGCUGCCAGGAUAGCAGAAGAGAUCUAUGGAAUAGCACCAGGUUCAUGGGCAGAUCGAUCUCCUCUUCAUGACGCUGCAUUCCAAGGGCGCCUGCUAUCUUUGAAAACAUUGAUCGCGCAGGGAUUCAAUGUGAACAUUGUAACCAUAGAUCGGGUUUCUGCUCUCCAUGAGGCCUGCCUGGGUGGCCAUGUCGCUUGUGCGAAAGUCUUACUGGAGAACGGCGCUCAAGUCAAUGCAGUCACUACUGAUGGAAUCACUCCUCUCUUUAAUGCCUGCUGUAGUGGCAGUGCAGCUUGUGUGAACAUGCUGCUUGAAUUUGGAGCCACGCCACAGCUAGAGAAUCACCUUGCUUCACCUAUUCAUGAAGCAGUAAAGAGAGGUCACAGGGAGUGUAUGGAAAUUCUUGUGGCCAAUGACGUUGACAUUGACCAAGAAGAUUCGCAGCACGGAACACCCCUUUAUGUGGCCUGCAUGUAUCAGAGGACAGACUGUGUCAAGAAGCUUCUCGAACUAGGAGCCAGUGUUGACUUGGGUAAACGAUUAGACACUCCACUCCAUGCUGCAGUUAGGAAAUCCGGCGCAGAAGCAGUCAACUUGUUAAUGGACUAUGGUGCUAGCUUGAUACGCAGAAAUGCUGAAUUCAAAUGUGCCCUUGAUCUGGCAGCCCCCAACAGUAAAGUGGAACAGGCCCUCUUGCUUUGGGAAGGUCCUGCCAGCCUUGCCCAGCUGUGUCGGCUGUGUAUCAGGAAGUGUCUGGGUCGCUCAUGUCUUUAUGUAGUCCACAAGCUGAAUCUUCCUGAGCCACUUGAGAAAUUUCUCUUAUAUCGAUAGCUCUAUGACUGUCUAUACGAUGAUUGCCAAGAGAGGAACAAAAUGGCUGUUUACCACAAAGAUAUUAAACCGUACUGAAAAACAAAGACAUCAUUUACUGCUUACUAUAGGUACCAAACUAAUUAGCUGCUGACAUAACAAUACUCCCUGACACAAUACUCCUAUAUCUUGUAACCACUGGAAACUGCUUUGUAGCACAGUGCAUGUUACCAUGGAAAUGAUAUCCUCACACUUUAGUGUUAAAUCCACUGAUGUUAGAUAAGAGGCUGAAAUACGCAAACAGCAGAUUGUACAGCUGUGUGUAGGUAUACACCCAAACAGCUGAUUGUAUGGGUGUGUGUGUGUGGGGGGGGUUAUGCACAAACAGCUGAUUGUGCAGGUAUAUGUAUGUGUGGUAUACAAGCCACCUUAAGUAUGAUUUAAUGAAGUCAACUACUGUAUAGAAGUCUGAUGCUAGAGAAGUUUAAAUUAAGCCAAAAGAAAUAAUUCAUCUUCUCCUCUCUUUCCUUUCAAAUGCAGCAAAAAGUCUGCAUGAAUCCUGAACUUUUGAGAUUUCAUGAAAUAAAUCCUCAAAUGAAAAUACCAAA